AAUUCUAAUUUCUUCGCAACACUUAUCUCUCCCGUCCUCACCCCUGCUCCAACCCACACGCGAUUCCUCCAACCGCCUCGCUGAUCUCCAUCCCCACCUUGGGACUCCCGGGCCUCCCCAUCGAUGUCCGUCGCCGCCCGUCCCCAUCCCCCGUCCGCGGCCGCCCAUCCCCGUCCCUUACCGGCGAGCCAGCAUGGCCGCUUGGCACCUGAUCCGCUUCCGCGCGACCGGCGGGCCGAGCUUGCGGCCGUGCCGGCGCCGCCCGUCCCUCGCUGUACUCCACCAUGCUGCCUGCCGUUCCCACCCAGGCCUCUCCUCACCGAAGCUCGCGGCCACCCUCUCCUAGGCGGCCGUCGCAGCCGUCGCGGCUCGCGUCCCCACCCGGGCGGCCUUCAGCACUGAGGCACCGCCUGUCCUGCCCGGGUGCCCCUCCCCGCCCAUGCCAGCGCGGCGGGACCUGGCCCUCGUUGGCACCCCUUCCCGGCCAGACCAGAGCCGCGCGUACCGGCCUAAGCCGGCGACGCCCGUGGCCGUCCGGCAAUCGCUGUCUGCCCUCGCCGCUCACCCAUCCCCGCAGAGGCACUGUCCAAGCCGAGUCACCUGCCCCCACCCUUGCAAGGCCAGGCACGAGCGCAACUCGUCACUGUUCAGGAAGCAGAAGGAUGGCACCCCAAGAUGCUUCUUCUUAGCUAAUGAUUCCAAACAAAAAGAGUUUGAUGCACAUACAAGGAAUUCAAGUGAAGGUAGGAUAACAAUAAAAAUAAAAGGUUUGAAUUGCCAUGACUGAAUUCUUAUAUUGAUGGGUAAACGAAUGGAUCCAGAAGCAACGAAUUUCAAGAAUACUAUAUAUUUAUAUUUAUAUUUUGCUUUUCAGUAGUGUAGGUUUGUACUGUCCACUAUUUAUUUUUGCUCUUGUAAUCAUAUUGUUAUGUAUAUAGACUAUCAUAUGAUGUGAACCAGUACUACAAUUGAAACUUUCCUACAAUCAAUGCAAGUUCCUAUGGUUUUUGGAAUA